CUGCGGCAGCUUUAAAGCCUGCAACCCCGCCCCUUCGCACUAUCACGGGAAUCUAGACUGAAAGCUGGAUGUGAAAAAAAAAAGUUUGGAGGUCUCGCAGAAACCACACUUUUCCUACCAGCUUCCAUUUAUGCGUUUAUUCUUUUACUUUGGGAGGUUUUCGGCUGAGACUUUGCGUCAGACCUGGGUGUCCUCCUGACUGUUUUUCCCGGCUGAGAUUUCUCCGACUUAUUUUUUUCCUCUGCAGGAAUACAGAGAGAGGGGGGGGGAACGGUCUGGCUGCUUAAAGAUUUGUUUCGACAGCAAACUUUUGGCGACAUGGACGCGCACCGUGGCGCGCCUCCGGCCGGGCAGCAGGUCGUGCACGUCCGCGGGGACUCGCAGACGGAGCUGGAGGCCCUCUUCACGGCGGUGAUGAACCCCAACGCGGCCAAACAGCCUUCAUCUCUCCCCAUGAGGAUGAGAAAGCUGCCGGACUCCUUCUUCAGACAGCCGGAUCCCCGGGGCCACUCCAGACAAGCCAGUUCAGAUGGAGGUGUGUGCGGCUCCCAGGCUCCUCAUCACGUCCGCGCCCAUUCCUCCCCUGCUUCCCUUCCUGUCAACUCCCUCUCCACUCAAGCAGCAGAUGUAGCAGCAACACCAAUCAUACCCGAUGACAUGCCACUCCCCCGAGGUUGGGAAAUGGCCAAAACACCGACUGGCCAGCGUUACUUCCUCAAUCACCUGGAUAAGACAACCACUUGGCAUGACCCUCGCCUGGCACAGCUUCAGUCAGCUGCGGCUCAGCAUCCCAUCUCUGGCCCUCCAGUCCAUGCCCACUCCCUCAGCAACCCAGCACCUACAACGCAACCACAAAACAUCAACCCAGAGAAAGGUCCACUGCCUGAAGGCUGGGAGCAGGCUGUGACUGCAGAUGGAGAGAUGUACUACAUCGAUCACAUAAAUAAGAACACCACAUGGGUCGACCCGCGUCUAGCUCAGAAGAUGAACCCCAGCAUCCUCGGCAUGGCAAUGCAGCAAAGUCAGGAAAAGGACAGGCUCAGAUGCAAGCAAGGCAUCCCUCAGCAAAUCCCACCACAGGAUGUAGGAGGAAGGAGCCAGAUGCCCGGCGGGAUGGACCACGACAGGAGCGCACAGACACUCGUCCCGUCUCUGGAUGUCAGAAUCAGAGCAUCGAACCACGAACCUACACUUAAUGGCGCUCACUCUCGCAAUGAGAGCACUGACAGCGGUCUGAGCGUCAGCAGCCUACCCCGCACGACGGACCACAUGCUGAGCUCUGUGGAGCACAUGGACACUGGUGACUCGGAGCCCCCCUCAAUGGCCUUGCAGGACUCGAUGCCCGUGCUCCCGAUGUCCGAGGGCGAGGAGCUGAUGCCCUGUAUCCCAGAGGGUCUGAGUUCAGACCUGCUGAUGGACAUGGAGACCGUUCUCUCCGGCUCGCACAUGGACAGAGACAGUCUGCUCACCUGGCUAUAGACACGACCAGCCACUGGUCCAAAUGUAAUUUGGCAUCAAAUUUCCAUAACGUGACUGAGAAUUCUGGUGGAUUUUUGGCUCCAAAGGUGGUACAGAACAACAUUACAGAGAGAAUAUGCUACCGUUGUGUGAUGGAUAACCUAACACUACUCACAUCCUGAGGAAGAAGGUGGUAAGCUGCUGGUAUUUUACUCUUUUUGGCCCUGGUUUUAAAGAGAAGCACGACAGAACAUCCAUGUUUUCAUUUUUCUAAUAACACUCCAUUCUUUUUAGUCUUUACUUGGUAGCUGGUUUGUAACAAACUUUUAAAGUGCCCCUGUUAUACUCAUUUACAGGUUCAGAAUUUUAUUUUAAAUGUUUACUAGAAAAAUCUAUAAAUGAUUUUUUUAAUGCCGUUUUUCUCAAACUGUACAUUUAAAAAUGCUUUGUUAUUUACACUCCUGUCUCUUUAAGAUGGUCACUAAAAGGCUGCUCUGUUUGGUUGGUUGAAAUGACAAAGGCAAGGAAACACUGAACAGGUUAUGAAGUUAACAGGUUUUUUAACAGUCUAAGAGGCAUUGGGUGCAAGCAGAAAAGCAUUAUUCACAUUAGCAUUAAAUUCAAUAGUUUAUUAUUUUCUCUCACAGAGAGCAUUUUGCAUGUAAUUAAGGCUAAAAUCACAGCACUCCUAUAGUUUUUAACUUAUGUUAAUGAUGUCUGGUCGAAGAACUCUAAUGUUAGGUACAUUUAUAAUUACCAACUCUGUUGGUGAUAUAAUGGUGGCCUGCAUCUGGAUUUAACUAGUUCCUCAUGCUUGCUUUUGGGCUCUGCAAAACUGCCAAGUGGAUAAUAUGUGUUACAUAGUGAGUUAGAUGAGUAACGGAGGAAAAGCCUGAACUGCUUAGAAAGCCCCUCAAACUGUUAAGCAAUAUUAUGAAGUCCAGUAAAUGGUGUGGCAUGCAAAAAUUAAUUUUAAAAAACUUUAACCACAAGGUGUCAGCGUUUUACAAUAAAAUUUUACAGUAGUUGUCCACGCAACAAAAUGGAAGUUUGUUUCUGCCACUUGAAAGAAAGAAAGAAAGAAAGAAAGAAAGAAAGAAUUUGCAGAUCUAAGUUGAAAUUUAUCUCAAAAUUUAGAUUUUUAAAUUUUUAAAGUUCCAAGUUAAGUUAAAAUUUUUGAGAUAAUUAAAAUUUUUAGGAAGUAUGUUUAAUUAUCAACUACAAAAAAAAAAACUGUGCCAUUAACAAGCUUUCAUACACCCAGAAAUGCAUUAUUUUAUGUGCUUUUCAAAAUAUUUUGUGUUACUAUCCAAACAUAUGAACCUUAAUGUUUCUUUUUUAAAAAUUUGACUUUUGUACCCAAAUUAUUAGGCUCAAUAUGAUAGCAGCAUGAAUUCUGUACACAUGUGACACUAACACUUACUUUUAUCAAGUUUGAACAUUUCAUGCUGAUCUCAGCAGAUUAGCUCACACAGAUUAGAGACUACACUGACACAGUGCACCAUCUUGUGGUUCAAAGUGGUAUUACAGAAGAGUACAGGCCAGCCCUAUUUACUCUUCAGCUGAUAUCAUAUUUGCAACACACAGACAUCAUCGCUACAAUAAGAUCCUUUUAACAUUCACAAAUAAUAACAACAGCAUAUUAGGGGUACUUUAAAAAACAGAGUGAAUUGACAAAAAGAGCAUUUUAAAAGAAUAAAAGUGGUACAGAAGCGAUACAACACUUUGUUACACACACACACACACACACACACACACACACACACACACACACACACACACACACACACAUUUAGUGGGUUACUACGUCAAAACAGCCUCUAAAUUCAGAUUUUUAAAUGUACAUGAGUGCUAAAAACAACAACAACAACAAAACAUUCCUAGCAAGGGUCAGAACUAAGCAAUCAAACUCAAUAACUAACACUAGGUAGGUUAUACCUGACUAAAGACCCCUGCUGAAAAGCUACCACUGUUCUGGUUUAGGGACUUGAUGCACUCUUGUGGUGUGACUAUAGAAUUUGGCAUGAAUGAAGAUGCUAAAAGGAGUCGCAUUUACUUCCAAACCUUCCAAAACUUAAAAACAGUUGUUUGAAAUCCUCACAAGCAAAAGUAUUAAAACUUUGUCUAAAGACCUGACAAUUCAAAGCCUGCCAUUAAAUAAAAAUAAUAAAAAGAGCUACAGAGUGAUGCCACCAUAAAAAAGGAGUCUUAGUUUGAAGACUAAAACUAGGAUAUAGUCUGCUUUCAGGAGUCCUCCUCACACAGAGGGGAGCUGUUACAGAGAACAUCUUCAGUGAAUGAUCUCAUGAUCAGUGUAACGCAAUGUCUCACAAUACAGGAUUUUCCCCCGGCAAACUGUAAUCCCGAGUCAUCUGGUGAUUUGAUGAAGUUUAUUAAUUAAUUAGCCCAUCUCUGUUCUAAAAAGAAACCCUGACACUGCUCUGAUGUAAAAUCUCUGCAUAUACAGUUACUAACAUAUAGGUUUUACUUGUCUUGUUGCCAUGUUAGGUUGCAUUUUAUUCCCAUGAUUUUGUGCACACAGAUCUGGAUUGAAACUUCACAAGUAUGUUCUAGAGGUUUGUUAUACUGGAUUGCGUAGCGUGUGGCUGCUUUGUCCACCCCUUUUCUUUGUUGGGUUUUUUUUUCUAACAGAUUAAAUCAUCUGCCAGCAUUCCUCCAGCUUUGAUAAUUAAACUGGUUUAUUCCCUUUUUUUGGCUUGAGGCGAUCCUAAUGAUUCUCCUUGUAUAACACCAAAGCAUCACCUCCACACAGAAAAACAUGCAAGCCAAGUUUGAACUUCUCAACUGCAAAUCAGCUACAGUUUUUAUCAUUGCUGCUUAUUUUUCAGAUGCACUUUUCUACUAUUUCAGGCAUCCAGUGUUACCCCUUAAUUUCCCAAAUUGCAAAUGCAUCAAAAUUAAUGGGGAGGAUGUCAAAGGCUAAUUGUGCUUUUCUCAUAUUCAAUGAAACGAUAAGUCAUGUGUCUGAUUUACAUUAUAUUCUUUUUAGAAUAUCUUGUAGAAGAUGCAGUCUUUCAUUUCAGCUUGUUGUUUAUUAACCAGUAAAAUUUAAUUUUGGCUAAUAAUCAUUACAGCUAACUGCAACAACUAACCUGUUUCACAGUCUACAGCUACUUGAUGUAGAUUAGAUGGUUUUACAGGAAAGAAACAUCAUGCCAGCAGUUUUGCAUGACUAGGAAUGCAUUAGAUGCCUGGAAUAGUAGGAAAAAUACAAUAUUAUCAUAAAGAAAUAAUCCUUUUUUAGUGCUAAUAAGAUAUUGAUUUGCUGCCACGCUGUAGAAUUAUAAUUGUUUGUGGCUCAAGCGAAAAGUGUCGUGCUUCAUAAAAGGACUUCAGCAUAAAUCAAAGAUCCUGUUCUGACUUCUCCAAAAAGAAAAAUACUAAAUGCGGAUGCUGUGUUUGUAGUAUAUAUUUUACUCUAACUGAAAAGGCUAUCUGAAGUUGCAAUGCAGGAGGCAAGCAUCAGCAGGGGAGCAGUUUAAUUCUCCCUUAUUAGUAAAGCUAUGUAAGAAGUGUAUAAUCUGUUUGGGUUUUUUUUUUUGUUUGUUUGUUUGUUUUUUUUAUCUGCUCGGUUGUUUCUGCAGUGUGUGUUUAUAUAUUUUAUCUAAAGUUGAAGCUUUUAAUUGUUGGUGAAAGAAUUUCCUCUAACCAGCAUUGUUAAAUAUAUCUAUUAGUAUACAGUAUAGAGUAAAAAGGUAUAAUUAACCCUCCCCCACAGUCAACGUUUUGUGAUAUUUCCUAAAUUUAAGUACCAAACUUACUGAGCGGCUUACUGCUCGUACACAUAGUGCAACACACUACCUAGCCUAAUAUUUAUCUGAGGAUGCAUGACACUUGCUAUGUAUGUCACAUAUAAUGACUUUUGUUAUCCUAUUUACAGAAAGUUUGGAAGCAAUCAGACUUAUUUUAUACCUUUUUAUGCAUGCGAUUUAUAUAAAUGUUCUUUGUAAUCAUUUUAAAGGAGUUUCUGUUUAACAAACUUUUAUGUACCCCUAAAUAAAAACAUUGUUUCUUGUGA